AACGCAUGGUGCCUGGAAAACCGCAUAAAAUCCACAUAAAAUCACUGAAAAUGGGUAAAAAGAAUAAAGUUAAAGAACCGAAAGAGGGUGCCAGCGAAAAGGAUGAAAGUAAACCCUCGCCGGAGAAAGCGGCCAAGCGCAAACUAGCGACCGAAAGUGUAGAUGGCGAGCACGCGGAACCGACAAAGAAGGCGAAAAAACGAGCUAAAGACAGUAUUGUGGGUGGAACUACGAUUGCCGAGCUGCCCGGCAUCAAGAUCAAACAGAAGGAGAGCAAACGGGCCAAGAAGCGGAAGAAGCGCGAAGAGGCGGUCCAGGAGAAACCUAAAGAGCAAACUCAGGAAGAAAUCCGACAGUAUCUGGAGUGCUGGAGCAGCCAGCGGGAAAAGUGGAAGUUCCAGAAGCUGAAGCAGAUCUUCAUUCAAAAGCACAUACUCGACGAGAACCACAUCGACGCCGACAUGUGGCCGAUUGCGCUGGAAUACCUGAGCGGUACGAAGGGUGCGAGUCGCGAUCUGCUGGUGAAGAAUGCCGAGACCGUAAUAAGUGAGAUCGAUGCAGCCGCCGAGGAGAAUGAAAGCGAUACACAGCAAACGAGUACCAAGUACCAGCGAGCGAGAGAACUGUUACAAUCACUGGGAUGAUUUACCUCAAUAAACUCAUCAAACACUGCGAA